AUGAAUAAAUUCUGUCUACUACCUUUCCAUGGCAAGAGGAUAGGCGUGGCCAAUAUUCCUUUUACCAUAUUAUUCAAAAAGGGCCCUUAUUUUCUUCAUAGUCACAUCACAGCAGUUUAUUACUCGACAAAGGGCAAAAAUGACAGUCAUGAACAAAGUCGUGUAUCCAAAAAGUCUACUUUUACCCCUCUGGAAACACCUUGGUACCUCAGGAUUGUUGACAAUGAAAAGGAACUAAUGGAAGGUAAGAAAAAUAACCACCACACGAUGAACAAAGAAUUGGAGAUACCUAAAACCUCUCCAAACUCAUUAAGAAAAAUAGCAGACCUCCUAACUGGUAAACUUGGUCUGGAUGACUUCCUGGUUUUCGAUUUACGGAAGAAAAGCCCAAACUCUGUUUCAGCCGUUAAUAAGUUGGGUGACUUCAUGGUCAUAUGUACAGCAAGAUCUACCAAACAUUGUCAUAAAAGUUUCUUAGAGUUGAACAAGUUUUUGAAGCACGAAUUCUGUAGUAGUGCAUACGUUGAAGGAAACUUUAAUGAGCGACAAGAAAGUAGAAGAAAAAGAAGAUUAGCAAGAAAAUCCAACCUUAGUAAACUAUUAGGUAGAAGCUCUGAAUGCUCUGCAAAAGACUUAAAUAGUGAGGCUUGGUAUAUGAUUGAUUGUCGUGUCGAUGGUAUUUUUGUAAAUAUUUUGACACAGAGAAGGCGUAAUGAAUUGAAUUUAGAAGAGCUGUAUGCACCUGAAAAUGAGAAAUCUAAGUUCCAAAAUAUAGAUUCAGGUAAUGUCCCUACUAUUUCAGGGGUAAAUGAAAUUUCAAGCAACAAUAAUAUUCUUUUAGGCCUAAGAAGACUGGCCCAGCAAAGGAGAAGGUAUUCAACUAUCAACCCAAACGGGCUAAGUAAUUUAAGAUACUUUCUACAAAAGGAAGACUUCAAAGGAGCCAAUAAGAUAAUUCAGAGUAGUAGUGGUACUGAAACUCACAAUAUACGUACUUUGGAGCAUGUUAAAAAUACUUUAAAGGAUUUGGUAGGACAAGAGAGGAAAGUAGAUGUUGUUCAAUGGAAGUCCUUAUUUGACGAACAUUCAACUUUUUUAACCAUAAAUCAAUCGGCUGCAUAUUGGCCACUACGACUAGAAUAUGCGAUACUUCUAAACAAAGCAGACCCACAAUUUUAUUCAGAUCGUGUUUUCCUCAAGGAUUAUCUACUUUUAAAAAAAUCGUUGGGGCAAGAGUUAAUAAGGGAAGAUCUAAUCGCUCUUUUAGAAAUGGUUUUGAAAACGCAGCAUUCUAGUCAUUCAUACUUUAACCUAGUAAAGCAAAAUAGGGUGAUUAUCAGAGCUUUGAACCUAUUUAAAGGUCUACAAACAGAGGACGAUGGCUCAGUUGUUUACGAUGAAGUGGUAAUAUCCCUUCUUUUAAAUUCCAUGGUCGCGGAUGAACGGGUAAAAUUGAGAUCACUCUACGAGACAAUAGACCACAUUUUCCAAACAUUUGGAGAUAAGUUGACUUCAGGCAUGAUUGUCUCAAUAUUGCAAAACUUGGCCAAAAUCAAAGACUGGAAUAAGCUACUUCAAGUCUGGGAAGCUAUCACACCAACGGAAGGGGAAGGUCAGGACAAAAGGCCCUGGAAUGAAUUUAUAAAUGUUAUCAAUCAAAGCGGUGAUAGUCACGUUAUAUCGAAAAUCGUAAAUAAUGGUCAUUUGCUAUGGAUCAGACGUUUAAAUGUUAACGUAACUCCGGAGUUAUGCAACUCCAUUAAAGCGUUAUUAAAAACCGCUGGAAUGGAGAAUUCCACAUUGGAAGAAUUCCUAGUCCGUGGAACAAACAAUCAAUAG